GCGGGUGGAAAAACGAAAAGAAGGAGAGACUGGUGACAGAGAGAGAAAGAUGAGCGAUUCCAAAAUUUGUUUGUCUCCGCCGCCUCACCGGAGGUUUUCUUGGAUCAGCAGAACUGGAAGCGGUUUCGGUAACCGAACAUUGCUUUUUCUUCUUCAUCAAUAUCAAAUUCCGUUUUCAAGAUCGGUGGCGAAAAGAGUUUUGCAGACUUUUGAUGGUUCUUAACCCUAGCUUUUGGAGGUAGAUUUGAUCCGUUUAUACUUCUCAUAAUCUCCUUCAGCUCAUUAAAAUUUUCAGGAAGAUGUUUGGUGGUGAUAAUGGUAAUACCGUCUUCCCUACUUUCCUCGAGGAUAACCGCGUCCAGUGUGACUGUAAUGCAGUUAAUGCCUCAACCCAAUUGCAGUUGUUUGGAAACUUCCCAGCUGGUUAUAGUGUUGAUCCAGUUAGCUGUGUUGGAAAUGAGCAUGUCACUGCUAUGAACCGGCCAGCCAAACAAGGCAGGGAGGCAGAAGACAUUCUGAGGCAGCAGAGUUUUCAAAUGUCCCUAAAGACCAACUUUUGUCAACAUGAGGCCAACCAGUCUCCUAGCUUUCCUAACCCAAUCCCCGUAUCAACUGGGCUGAGGUUGUCAUAUGAUGAUGAUGAAAGGAACUCCGCUGUUACCUUUGCAAGUGGAAGUAUAGCAUCAGCUCUACCUGUCAUCUUAUCCCUUGGUGACAAUCUCCGAACUGAGAUCGACAGGCAGAGGAAGGAGUUUGAUCAUUAUAUCAGAGUUCAGGAAGAACACCUAAUAAAAGGAGUAUGGGAGAUGAAUCAGAGGCACAUGGCUUCUUUCCUGAGUAGCAUAGAGAAAAGAGUAUGCCGGAAGUUAUGUGAGAAAGAGCUUGAAAUAGAGAACUUGAAUCGGAAAAACAGGGAACUGGUUGAGAGAAUAAAGCAUGUGGCCAUGGAGGUCCAGUCCUGGCACUACAGGGCAAAGUACAAUGAGUUGGUGGUUAAUGUCUUGAAGAACAACCUCAAGCAGGCCAUUGCACAGGGUGUAGACCAAGCAAAGGAAGGUUGUGGGGACAGUGGAGUAGAUGAUGCAGCCUCCUCGUACAUUGACUACAACAACCGUCUGUGCGUUUUAGGUGGGCAUGUGAACCCAGUCUCUGGAAACAAAGGAUUGAAGGAGCAGAUGACUUGCAAAGCGUGCAAGUGCAAGGAGGUCUCCAUCUUGUUGUGGCCUUGCAGGCAUCUUUGCUUAUGUAAGGACUGUGAAGGGUUUAUCAAUGUCUGCCCUGUUUGCCAGUCCAUGAAGACUUUGAGUAUUCAGGUAUACAUGUCCUAAAGAAAGGACCCAUAUUGUAUAGAAUCCUGGAAAAAAAUCUUAGAGUUUCUUUUUCUUUUUGGUGUUUGCGCAUUUUACUGAUUUUACAUGAAUUGUGUAGGGGAAACACUCUGCUUUCCCAUGUAUUUUAGCUUUUCUGAGGCAUUUGUUCUUUACUCUUGGACACUGUUUCUGUUCAAUCCUGACCCCUCAUGGUUAAGCCAUAACUGUUUCACA